AAAGAGUAGUACUCUUUGAAUUUUCUAUUCUCCUCUAUACACUAUCAAUCAUCAUGGAAGAGAAGAAAGCUGUAGUGAAAAGUACUGAUAUGCCACCAGAUGUUCAACAAUUCGCUGUUGAUUCAGCUGAUAUGGCUAUGAAGAAACAUCAAAUUGAAAAGGAUAUGGCAAGUUUUAUUAAGAAGGAAUUUGAUAAAGCUUAUGGUCCUACAUGGCAUUGUAUUGUUGGUAGAAACUUUGGAAGUUAUGUCACACAUGAAGUCAAUUCUUUCAUCUACUUCUAUUUGGAUUCUUAUGCAGUACUUCUCUUCAAAUCUGGUUAACUAGCUGAUUUCAUCCAGGAUGAGGUGAACGAAUCAGAAACUUUAACACACCAUUAUUUUUAUGUACAAUAAAUAAACUUAUUUUG